AUGGCAGCGACCUACCACACGACCCAUGCAGCAGCUCUGGACCUUGCGGCCCGGGCCCGGCACAUGGCACUUGCCGCCAAGCAUGUCGGCAGCCGGGCGGCAACGACGGCGGCAAGGCGCGAGAGCGAGAGCGAGGACGACGGCGCGGGUGCGGUGAGGACUGGGUCGGUGGCAUCAGGUGCGAGUGCAACGUCUGGUGAGAACCAUCCGGUGCGAAAGGCAUUGGAGGAGGUCCGUGCUCGGAUUGCGGCGCUGUCGGCGGCGCUGAAGGACGAUGCCGCGAGCUUUGCGGCGGCAAAGGGCAAGGAGGUGCUCGCGCCGGCGGUGGCGCCAGGCCUAAAGGAUGCAUUGGAUCCGCUGGCACCGUCGUCGGCGCCGUGGGCGGCGCCGAUGGUGAUGCAGCUCCUGUUGGAGGCGACACUGCUGCAGCGCGAGCUCGACACCGCCCGCGCCAUCCUCGACGCGCCUCCGGACAACCGCGGCAAGCGGCGCUCGCUAGCCGAGACCCGCGUCGCCAUGCUCGCCAUGCUCGAGGGCCUCGUGGAGGAGCUGGACAUCACCGCCAAUGUGCUCAAUGCCCGGCUCGCCUCCCUCGACGAUGAGGUCCUGCUCCAGCGCGGCAUCCUUGAGGAACGUCGAGCCGUCGGCCGCGCCCUGCAGGCCCAGCUCGAGGGCAAGAUGGCGCUCCUGCCUGAAGGUCUUGGCGGCGUCCUUGACGCGGCGGCUGGCGGCGUGAGCCUCAACGACGACGACGUGGCCGAGCUUGUCCAGCAGCGCGAACUCGAUCUCGCCGCCAAGGAGCGCGCCCUCAAGGGCUACACCUCGUGGCUCGGCGAGUCGCUCAAGGACUUUGUGGCCAAGGCCUAUCCGCCUGUUGUCCGGCCCGAGGUCGCCGGCUACUGGGACUCGCUCGAAGAUACGCUCGCCCAGCUCCUCGCCGCCACCAUGGACGACUCGCUCUCGUCGGCCUACAUCCCGAUCGAGUCCUCCAUGUAUGAGCCAUACAUCGAGCUCCUCCUCCGUGCUGGCGCCAUCGAGAAGCACCCAUCAGACCCGAGCCGCAUCCGCCUCGUCCCGUUCCACCAGUGAUGUACUCUCCGUCCUCCUCCCUUUGCAUCGCGCGGUGCGGCGCCCGCCUGCAACCAUAAACUGUCGAUCCCUGC